AUGGGCCACCUUGAGAUCUGGCUACCGGCGCUCACGUGGGUCAACUCCGAUAUCAUGAAGGAUCUCGGAGCCCUCGAGUGGAAAUUUGACAACCGACCUACCGACUUCCUUUGUCACAUCAUGCCUAGGUUCCCUGCUCAACCUCCUCCCAAAGGCACACCCUACGCUUGUCGCACUACCCAAACCACAUUGGUCGGAGUCAACAACUCACCCCGUGUGGCCUCUACACCUCGAGUUGCAUCAAAUCCUCGUCCGGCUCAAACCUCUAGUCGUCCUGGUAGUGGCUCUGGAACUCCUGGUCAGGCCAAAUCUUGGGGACCUAAGUCAUACGUGAUACAAGACGAACCCGAUGAAAACGAAUUCGCCGGCAAGAACGUGUUGCGUGCCAACAGACACCGUUCGGACGUGUAUCUUUACUUCGAUGUGAGUCCAGCUAGCGUUCAAUGUUUGGGCGGUUAUGCCUAUGUUUUGGAUGGUGGGAACUAA